AAUGGCAGCAGCUAGCAACAGCUACCUUGCUGCCAAAGGACUGGAUAUAAGUUUAGCUGCUUUGCAGCGACAAGACCCUUAUAUAAAUAAUAUCGUGGACGUGGCCAGCCAAGUAGCCCUAUAUACUUAUAACAACAGGGCAAAUGAAUGGGAAAAGACAGAAGUAGAAGGUACCCUUUUUAUCUACACAAGGUUGGCAUCUCCCAGACAUGGAUUCACCAUCAUGAAUAGACUCAGCAUGGAGAACUUGACCGAGCCCAUCACAAAAGAUCUGGAUUUCCAGCUUCAGGACCCUUUCCUGCUUUACCGCAAUGCACGAUUGAUUAUCCAUGGCAUUUGGUUCUAUGACAAGCAGGACUGUCAACGUAUUGCCCAAAGGAUGAAGAUUUUGACUCAGCAGGAGCAGUUCGUGGCUCAGUCUCGGGGGGGUUGGUUGUCUCCAGGAGGACGAAGAGCAGCAGGAGGAAGAGCUGCUAGUGGUGGAGGAGAAGGAGGAAAUAAUGAUGCAAGCGCAGUGGACAUUAUCCAGAUGUUGACCAAAGCACGCUCAGAAUAUAACAAGGAAAAUUCUACCUCAGAGCCAAAGGAGAUUGGUGGAAGCAGUGUUCUGUGUGGAAACCCAAACCUGAUCAAACCAAUACCAGUAAAACCGAAUACUCAGGACAGUGAGGGUGCAGAGCACAAGACUCUCUCCUUGGCCACUCUGUUUGGCUCUCAGUCUCAACAUCAGCUUCAACACACUAAAUCCAACGCUGCCCUUCCUGUGACAGCGUCCACGUCUACAGGAAAAGUCACACGCCCACCUGUGGCUCGCACAUUGACCUAUGACGAUGCGGUAAGCUCUGGCAGAAAUGUGACGUCUGCUCCAGGUAACGUCGCCCUCACAGCGAGUUCAGGUGGGGGGGUCGGGCUGGAAGCUGGGGAAGACGAAAGUGUCGUAGCUGCGCUUCAGAGCCCCACUGCAGCUCGUCAGCAGCCGUUGAACCAACCUCAGCACUGUCCGGCCAUCGCAAAGCUAAUGCAGGGGCAGAGGGGGGUCACAGGGGUUGGGGGCGUGCUUCAGACUGUGUCGGAGUCCCCCGAGAACCGGCUGUGCGAUAACGGGGUGCCACUUGAACACCACCAUCACCACCUGUACCACCACCACGAGCACCACCCUCAUCACCACCAGCACCAGCUGCAGCAUGACCCAAUAAAAAGACUUUUCCAAACCCACCCAGCUCCUCAGCUCGCCACCUCCUUCUCCUCCGCUGCUUCUCCUUGUUGCUCCAACCCUCCUCCUCUGCAGCAGAACCCUCUUCUCCCCUCCCAGCUUGGAGCAGAUUCUGUGUCCUGUUCGCACCUUCAAGGGCAACAAACCCAGCCACUUUUAUUCCACCUCACAAAGUCUCAAACAGAAACGCAGAACAACCAUCAGACGUCUUGUACAGCACUGGGAACAGCUCUGUCCUCCCAGAUGCAAGGUGUGGUGUCGCCUCAUGAGCUACUCCACAAACUCCAGCUGGUCCAGCAGGAACAGAACCUGAUCUCUCACGAUCCACCUCGGCCCUAUCCAGGACUGGCGCCUCGAUUCAUGGGGCCCAACCAUCAUCAGGAUGCAGGCUCUUCUUCAGGCACGGUUCCACACCUGACCAUGGCUUCCACAGGUCAAAAGGCUGCGUUGCAGCUUCAGGUCAUCUCCCCCAAGAGGAUACCCGCCACUGUAGCUCCUACUAUGCUCCUUUCUCCCAGUGUGUUCACUCAGACAAAGUUGAGCAGCAGAGCUGCUCAGGACAGCUGCUCUGGUCCCACAAGUCUGUGUAGACCUCCCCUGCAGGACGAGGUCAAAGCACUUUCUAGAAGCCAACUUCAAGCAGCGCUACUGCAUCUGAUCCAGACUGACGGCUCAUUCCUGGACUCCAUCUAUGAAGCAUACGUCAGCCGCUUUGCUAACGACUCCAGCAGCAAGUACUGAUGACUCUUCACACCCUCUGUUUCCACACGCUCCCUGUGCAAAGGCUUACUCUGAAAACUAAUGUGGACGUACCUGCUCCUGCUUCGAUUCACACUCG